GGCACCCUUGCGUGGAUGGAAAUCCAAAAAGGAAACCACUCAGUUUGGGGCUCCAAUGUGCUCAUCCGUUUGUCUCCAAGCCGCUUGAAAACCUUGAGCCAUGCGAUCCCUAUGGAAUGGCUCGGACAUCUGCUCCUUCAACUCGCGAGUGCACAACUCCCAGAGGCUGAACACCUUCCACACGCCCUCGCGCCUCCGGCCGGGGAACAAAGACUCCGCGCCAAAGGCGCAGGGCAAGCGCCGUGCGCGCUCCGCAGGCGCUGUGUCGCGCACACAGGAGCUCCAUGGGUCGCCGAAACGAAGGGAGCAGCACAUGGCCAUGAUGCAAGAGCUGCUUGAGAAGAUGCGAGACCUGACCUCCAAGAUGACGGAGACAGAGGAGGAACCUUCCUGGAGGCCGCGGGAACCGCCGGCCGAGCCGCAAGCAAGGCUGCGAAUCUCCGAGCCGGCAGACGUCAGGCCGCGGGUGUACGAGCCGGUGGCAGAAGUCCCCAGGCUGCGAAUCUCCGAGCCGGCAGACGUCAGGCCGGUGUACGAGCCGGUGGCAGAAGUCCCCAGGCGAGGUUCGGAGCCGGUGGCGAGGGCCUUCCAGCCGGAGCCGCGCGCCAGGGCGGAACCGUACGAGAAGUGGCGCUCGCACGUGCUGGACAAUCUCACCAUUCCGGCCCGCAUCGCGCGUCAGCUGGCGGAGAAGCUCCGGCACCGGGUUACGCUCUUGGGGGAGCACAUCGAAGAUCUCGGCAGCUUCCUGGAGGUGGCUGAUGGGCACGAACCGAUCCGAGGGAGUUUGCACUUCAGCCCGGGGCGCCUGGACCGCUUCGAGCUCCAGGCGGCCUUUCAGCGCCUCGACAUCUUCGCAACGCCGCGGGACGUGGACCAACUCCUGUCGAGCCCUGCGGCGCUGCAUGAGCUCGAGGAGGUGCUGCAGCAGGCCUUGGACGGUCGGCGCCGGCGGCUCUACAAAGCCACACCUCAAGGGCCCAGUUUGUCGCCGCCUUUGAUCGCGGCCUUGGGCUCCAAAGUGGCGCCUCCCUUUGCUCCGCGCAUCGGAUGAGACGGAUCUGGGAUCAGUGUGGGCCUUUUGAGGGUACCCC